ACUUCCGGUUAGUUCGGGAAAGCGGAAGAAGAGAGGAGCUUCCCCUCUCGUAUCAACACAAGAAGAUGCCCAACAGCUACAUCAUCUGUCAAACCUACACUUGUUUGUGCUUUUGGAUGAAUGUUUAGACUUUUCCGUGUUCUUUGGUAUUCUGUAAUCUGUUCUUUGGAUAAGAAGCUUUUAUUAGCCACAAACAAAACGCCAAAUGAACGGAGCAGCGUUCCCUUCCCCCACGGCCGAGAUGGCUGAAAUGAACCGUAUCCAGUAUGAGCUGGAGUACACCGAGGGCAUCAGCCAGAGGAUGCGCAUUCCUGAGAUGCUUAAAGUUGCUCCUCAAGGCCACGGCGAUCCUAAUGUUGGAUUUCAGGAUGUCUCCAACAGUGUGAUGAUGCAAGUCCCAGAGAGAAUUGUGAUUUCAGGAGACAGUGACCCCCAGUUCUCCAGACCCAGAGACCUGGACCUCAUCCAGUCAACACCACUAGAGACCCUUUCACUGAAGACCCCGCCCAGAGUCCUCACCCUCAGUGAGCAGCCCUUGGAUUUCAUGGAAGAGGAGCAUCGGUCGGCUCAAGAAAGCGAGGAGGGGUUGCGACCACAGGGAAGAUUACGGCGAGAACGUUCAGCCAGUGAGAAUGCUGCUCGUCAGAACAAUCAGCUGGUGCACAACGAUUCAGCUGCGACCCCGUCCCCCCCUGCCACAGUCCGCCCCUGCCCCCCUCUCACCGUGACUGAAGAAGAACACAACCUUUACAGCGCUAGCGGUGUUCUAUCUUUCAUCCAGUCCACGACACGUCGGGCCUAUCAGCAGGUCCUGGAGGUCUUGGAUGAGAACCCUCGCAGCAAACCAUCACUGCGAGGGGGGUCAGCAUCAGGCUCCAACCCCCUGCAUGAAUCCAGGCUCGCAUUGACAUCAUUUGAAGCCUCGAUGGACGUGGGGCAAGACGACAUGACCGUGGUCGAUGCUACAACACUUCGGCGUCAGCUCAUCAAGUUAAACCGGAGGCUCCAACAUUUGGAAGAGGAGAACAAGGAGCGAGCCAAGCGCGAAAUGAUCCUGUACUCUGUGACUGUAGCUUUCUGGCUCGUCAACACCUGGGUGUGGUUGCGACGUUAGAGCUAGCUUAUAUUUCUGCCGUCACCGUGACAGAAGAAACGUAUUAUCCCCUUAUUUUACUGGUAUGUGUCAAAUGUUAGCUUUGCGCUGCACUCAGUCCCUGUGUGAGAAAGACAUCAACAACACAUGCACUAGUCUGUUACGCACAGGGCUGAUCAUUUGGUUUUGUUUAUUUAAAACAUGUACAGUUUUAUUUUUUUACUCUUAUUUGGUCCUGUCCUCAUGUUCUUGUGUUUUGGUUUUAUUAGAAAUCUCCUUGCUCUAUGCUAAGCAUGACUUGUUGUAAAUAUUAGCUCAUGUCACUCCAGAGAUACAGUAUAGCAUCAUUUACCAAUAAAGACAGAUAGAGAUGUCCAGAUGUAAUAUGUUGAAUAUUUAUUGUGGAAAGGGUGAUAUGUGACUUGAGAUGGGAAAUGUGAUUCAUUUAGUAAAACUAUACAUAUUA